AUGGGCCAACUGCGCCACGCCGUUCAAGCUCCCUCGGGUCUCAGGGCGAAUCAGAUCUGCUUCCGUCGCGGUGAUGACGCGUCCCAUCCAGUCUUGAGCAACCAGUUCGUGAGUUCCGUGCUAUUUUUGUUCGCUGUACUAAUGGCCUCUACGUCGAUUGCAUAUCAACAGCUCCGUGGGUACCUUUCAGAUGUUAAUCACGAUAACGAUUGGACUGCCGUACUGCCGAAGACUGAGAUGUGA